AUGGUCGUGGCGAGGCGGCAGGAUUCCGCGCGAGAGCGCGUGGUGCGAUCGCGUCGCGUCGCGCUCGUAGCGGCCAUUCCGGUGGCGCUCGUGGCGCCCAUCCUCUUCGUCUUCGUCCUCACCCCCGCCUCCGAAAACGACAACGGCUCCCCUGCCCUAAUCGGCGCGCAUGGCAGAUCAUCCGGUCAUGGAGGAAGCGCGUCGGGUCGCGGGGCUUCAUCACGCGACGGAAGAAUAAGAAACAUGCGCGAGAAGGGGAAGGCGACGGCGAUCAAGAUGGUAGCGGGCGGUGAAAGUGGCACCAGUGGUGGGGAGGGCGAGGGGGACACGUAUGCCGUUGUUGUUGACGCUGUGAGCGCGGAGAGCAGCAGCGUCCACGUGUACAGAUUUGAUUCGCGGAUGGAGCUGGGGGAGAUUCAGAAAGGUUUUGAAGUGUUGCAUUCGGUGAAGCCUGGGCUGGGUGCAUACGGGGAUAAUGUCACAGCAGCAGCGAACAGCCUGCGACCGCUGAUGAAGAAGGCACUUAAAGCCGUGCCCGAGUUCUCUCGACCAAUCUCACCCGUUCUUGUCAGGGCCAAUGGAUGGCAGGGAAGGCUAUUAGGAGACCAGGCAGACAAGAUCCUGGCAGAGAUCCGCCAGAUGCUGACGGAGUACCCGUUCCCGUUCAGCCAUGGUGACGUCAGCGUGCUUGAUGACAGUGAUGCGGGCUUCUUUGCCUGGACAGCUGUUAACCAUCUCCUGGGAAACCUGGGAAAGCACCUGAAAAAUCACCUGGAGUCAACAGUGGCAGUGGUGGACCUGGGGAAUACCAGCGUCCACGUGGCGUAUGCAGUUCCUGCUGAUGUGGCAAAGAAGGUUCCAGCUGGACACGUGAGGAGACUGAGCGGUUUGGGAAGCACCCACCACGUCUAUGUGCGCAGCAUGCAGGGCUAUGGGCGGAUGGCAGGGAGAGCACUGGUGCUGAAAGCAACUAACGACACCCACAACCAUCCAUGCAUGCACGUGGGCUCUCAUGGCACAUCCAAGCCCAGCAGCGACGGCACCUCUGCCUCUUUGCGUGCAGCCCUCUGCUCCUCCCUCACCCUUCAAGCUCUCCAGCGGGCAGCAGCAGCUGCCAGCACCACCAGCGCAAGCAGCAGCACCACCGGCAGCGCUGACAGCCACCCGUCAUCUGCCCAUGCAUCGUCCGAUGCGAUGCUGAGGUCUGCGGCACCUGUGUGCCCGCAAGGGCGGGCCUGCUUGCUGCCUGGCGCGCUGGAUGGGCUUAGGGGUGCACUACGCAGAGGAGGCAGAGGAGGCAGAGGAGGAGGAGAGGGCGCAGUGCGGCUCGCCGCCACCUCGGGAAUCUUCCACAUGGCACAGCAGUUCGGCCUAAUCCCUCGCAACAACUCCACCACAGUAACCACGGCAGCACCCACCGCAGCUCGCAUCACGGCUCAACACUUGGCUCGGAUAGCAGAGGAGACAUGCGGCAUUCCCCUGCAGGAAGUCUCCAAGAAGUUUCCGCUGAUGAACGGCCAGGAUGCGCCAUACGCCUGUCUAGAUGCGAGCUACCUCUUCCACCUCCUCACCUCGGGAUUAGGCAUGGAGCCCACAGACCCACUCACACCUGUGAAGCAGGCGGCUCACAAUGCACCAUCCACUGAGGCAGCAUGGGCAUGGCACUAUGGUGCUGCUGUCAGCACAACCAUGCAUGCUCAUGCCUACGCCGUGUUCUGA